AAUUUGAAGGAGUUUGUAGUAAAAUCCAAUAAUGUAUUUAAAAAUAGAAUAAGAAAGACAAAGAAAAGAGUAUCUCUUCCCAAAAGUAGGCACAAAGCUCAAGUCAUACUGAGUCAAAAUGUGGUAACUCGUUACCUUUUAAGUACUGAGUUCACAACUCGGAAGCUAUUAAAACCUACCUCCUUACCUCCCAUGUCAGAUUCUGACAAACAACUCCAAUGACCUCCUUCCAUACCCAUCAUCUUUCUCUUUCUCUUUCCCCAAUCCAAAUCCAUUCCUCUUCCAAACUCAAACCACUACCACCUUCUUCUUCUUCUUCUUCCUUAUUCAGACUCAACCAUCACUACCAUUCAACUCUUCAAUGGAAUCUCAGAAGAAGAGGACUCUGUAGAGCAGCUGAACUCUCUCACGAUGCCCCUUUCGCCGUUGCUAUUGGUGCCUCUAUAGUUUCUUCCCUCUUUUAUCCGGUCACCGGAAAAGAGGACGAAGAUGAUGGAGAUUCAGGUCUUGAUUCUACUGAUUCAAGAUUGGCUGUUAUGAGCAUCAUUAGCUUCAUUCCCUACUUCAAUUGGCUGAGUUGGGUUUUUGCUUGGCUUGAUAGUGGUGAGAAACGUUAUGCAGUUUACUCCUUAGUGUAUUUGGUUCCAUACUUCAGGUCGAAUUUGUCGUUGUCACCGGACGAGAGUUGGCUGCCUAUUGCUAGCAUUAUUCUCGGCAUUAUUCAUAUUCAGCUGGAAAUGAGUAUAAGAAAUGGGGAUAUCCAGACCUUUCGAUUGUUCGGUGAGGCUUCAAAGAGUGUUUCAAAACCAUCUAAACACAACGAUUCGUUAAAAAAUGAUUUUCAACGAACCGCUGGUGAUGGGGGCAAGAAAAAUAAUGAGCAACGGAAUCUUCCAUCUUCUAAUGAACAAUCGAGGAACAAGCUUCGAGGGUGGGAUGGCGAAAGGUUGAGUGGAGAUAGGGAUGAAGAUGAAAGAAGGAAACACUAAAAUAGUAGAAAGACAGAAAAGAUUGAACUUUGAACCUUUGCCAUUUUGUGAUUCCAAUCAUUGUUUUUGUUCUUGAUUAUGUGAUUUGAAUAAAAUGCAACACUUACUAUUGGAUUGAA